CUCCGUCGGGGCGCGGCGCGGCCAUGGGGGCUCUCCCGGCGCUGCUGGGGGCCGCCUUGCUGUGGGCCGGCGCCGGGGCCCUCGUCAACCUCAAGUACUCGGUGGAGGAGGAGCAGCGGGCCGGCACGGUGAUCGCCAACGUCGCCAAGGACGCCCGGGACGCCGGUUUCGUGCUGGACCCCCGGCAGCCCGCCGCCUUCCGGGUGGUCUCCAACUCGGCCCCUCACCUGGUGGACAUCAGCCCCGGGUCCGGGCUGCUGGUGACCAAGCAGAAGAUCGACAGGGACCUGCUGUGCCGGCAGAGCCCCAAGUGUGUCAUCUCGCUGGAGGUGAUGUCCAGCUCCAUGGAGAUCUGCGUGAUCAAGCUGGAGAUCAAGGACCUGAACGACAAUGCGCCCAGCUUCCCCACCGACCAGAUCGAGCUGGAGAUCUCGGAGACGGCCAGCCCUGGCACCCGGGUGCCACUGGAGAGUGCCUAUGACCCGGACUCGGGCAGCUUUGGUGUGCAGAGCUAUGAGAUCACCCCCAACGACCUCUUUGGGCUGGAGACCAAGACGCGGGGUGAUGGGUCUCGUUUUGCUGAGCUGGUGGUGGAGAAGAGCCUGGACCGUGAGACCCAGUCCCACUACAGCUACGUGAUCACGGCGCUGGAUGGUGGUGACCCGCCCAACUUUGGCACAGUGGAGCUCAGCAUCCGCGUCAUCGACUCCAAUGACAACAACCCGCUCUUCGAGGAGCCAGCCUACACCGUCAGCGUGCCUGAAAAUGCCCCACCGGGGACGCCCGUCAUCCGCCUCAACGCCUCUGACCCCGACGAGGGCACCAACGGCCAGGUCCUCUACUCCUUCCACAGCUACGUCUCUGAGCGGGCCCGGGAGCUCUUCCAAAUCGACCCCCAGAGCGGCCUCAUCACGGUGAGCGGUGCCAUCGACUAUGAGGAGGGUCACGUCUACGAGCUGGACGUGCAGGCCAAGGACUUGGGGCCUAACUCCAUCCCUGCCCAUUGCAAAGUGACCAUCAGCGUCCAGGACGCCAACGACAACCCGCCCCUCAUCAACCUGCUCUCUGUCAACAGUGAGCUGGUGGAGGUGAGCGAGAACGCGCCGCCGGGGUACGUCAUCGCCCUGGUGCGCGUCUCGGACCGCGACUCCGGGGCCAACGGGCGCGUGCAGUGCAAGCUCCUGGGCAACGUGCCUUUUCGCCUGCAGGAGUACGAGAGCUUCUCCACCAUCCUGGUGGACGGGCGGCUGGACCGGGAGCAGAGGGACCAGUACAACCUCACCAUCCAGGCUAGGGAUAACGGCAUCCCUUCCCUGCAGGCCACCAAGUCCUUCACCGUCAAGAUCACCGAUGAGAAUGACAACCAUCCCCACUUCUCCAAGCCCUAUUACCAAGUCAUCGUGCAGGAGAACAACACCCCGGGGGCCUACCUCCUCUCGGUGUCUGCCAGGGACCCUGACCUGGGCCUCAAUGGCAGCGUGUCCUACCAGAUCGUGCCCUCCCAAGUCAGGGACAUGCCUGUUUUCACCUAUGUCUCCAUCAACCCCAACUCUGGAGAUAUCUAUGCUUUGAGGUCUUUCAAUCAUGAACAGACCAAGGCCUUUGAGUUCAAGGUCUUGGCAAAGGAUGGGGGUAAUCCCUCUCUGCAGAGCAAUGCCACCGUCAGGGUGAUCGUCCUGGACGUCAAUGACAACACGCCCGUGAUCACGGCCCCGCCGCUGGUCAAUGGCACGGCCGAGGUGUACAUCCCCAGGAACGCGGGCGUUGGCUACUUGGUGACAGUGGUCAAGGCAGAUGACUAUGAUGAGGGUGAAAAUGGCAGGCUCUCCUACGAAAUGGUGGAAGGAGACAGAGGAUUUUUUGAGAUCGACCAGGUCAAUGGAGAGAUAAGGACCACCAGAGCCUUUGGGGAGAACGCCAAAACAGCCUAUGAGCUCAUCGUGGUGGCUCACGACCAUGGGAAAACAUCUCUCUCGGCUUCUGCCUUGAUUUUGAUAUACCUGUCUCCAGCCCUGGAUGCCCAGGAGUCCAUAGGAUCUGUUAACCUCUCCUUGAUUUUCAUUAUUGCCCUGGGGUCUAUUGCAGCCAUUCUUUUUGUCACCAUGAUCUUUGUGGCAGUCAAGUGCAAAAGGGAUAACAAGGAAAUCAGGACCUACAACUGCAGAAUCGCGGAGUACUCCUACGGGCAUCAGAAGAAGUCGAGCAAGAAGAAGAAGAUCAGCAAGAACGACAUCCGCCUGGUGCCGCGGGACGUGGAGGAGACGGACAAAAUGAACGUGGUGAGCUGCUCCUCUCUCACCUCCUCCCUCAACUACUUCGACUACCACCAGCAGACGCUGCCGCUGGGCUGCCGCCGCUCCGAGAGCACCUUCCUCAACGUGGAGAGCCAGAACAGCAGGAACGCCGGCUCCAACCACAUCUACCACCACACCUUCACGGGGCAGAGCCCCCAGCAGCCCGACCUCAUCAUCAACGGCAUGCCGCUGCCAGAGACUGAAAACUACUCCUUUGAUUCCAACUACGUGAACAGCAGAGCUCAUUUAAUAAAAAGCAGCUCCACGUUCAAGGACUUGGAGGGGAACAGUCUGAAGGACAGUGGCCAUGAGGAGAGUGACCAGACGGACAGCGAGCACGACGUGCAGCGCGGCCUCUACUGCGACACGGCCGUCAACGACGUGCUGAACACCAGCGUGCCCUCCAUGGGCUCCCAGGGCCCCGAGCCAGAGCAGAGCGAGGGCUUCCACUGCCGGGAGGAGUGCCGCAUCCUGGGCCACUCGGACAGGUGCUGGAUGCCACGCGGCGCCGUGCCCAGCCGCGCCAAGUCCCCCGAGCACGGCAGGAACGUCAUCGCCCUGUCCAUCGAGGCCACGGCGGUGGACGCGGAGCCUUACGCGGACUGCGGCGCCAAAAGGACCUUCGCCACCUUCGGCAAGGAGGGCAGCGAGCCCCCGGCCGAGGAGCGGCCCGCCAACCCCAAAGGCAAAAGAACGGUGGACUCGGCCGCCUGCAGCCCCAAGGUGAGCGGCGCCGUCCGCGAGGCCGGCAACGGCUGCGAGGCCGUCAGCCCCGUCACCUCGCCCCUGCACCUGAAGAGCCCCUUGUCCGGCAAGCCCUACGGUGCCGGGCACUGCGCCGGCAGCCGGGAGCCCUUUGGGAACACUGGCCCUUCCCGGCCCUCGGAGGCAGAGCCUCGAGGCGCGGACAGCGAGAGCAGCGGGCACGAGGGCAACCCGCUCCUGCAGGAACGCCGGGAAAAGGACUCGCCCGGCGCACGGAGACUAAAGGACAUCGUCCUCUGAGCAGCACCCGGCGAGACCAGGAUGAGGAUGAGGAUGAGGAUGAGGAUGAGGAUGAGGGACCGCACGACUCCCAGCGCAGAUUGUUUUUAUCGCUUACCAAUGGUUCACAGAUUGCUGUAUUUAAAAGCUUUCCCUAAAUGUAUUGUUUAUAAACGAAGCUAUCGUUAGUGUGACAAUCCCACGUGUCUGAGGGCGGCAGGGGUGUGCAGCCCGAGCGGAGGAGCCGCUCCUGCGCUUUGGCCGGGAGGGUGGCGGGGGCAGAGGCCAGACCCCCCCAGUCCUCAGGAGCGCUCGGUACCCCCUCCUCGGAGUUUAUAUAUUUUUGUAUCUCAAAACGAAGAUAAAUUUCCAUUCCUGGAGAGAAUUGAGUGGCCAAUUCCUUAUUCGGACAUCUUUAGUGAGCACCCCGGCGGUUUUGUAGUCUGGACAAAGUAGCGGCUGUUUCUUGUGUGGGACUGUUCAAAGUGACAGUCGGGUGAGUUUCAGUUCAAAUUCACUCAGCACGAGGUUGUUUGUCUUCUAAGGUGUUGGUGUUUUGCUAUGGACACCCCUGCAUUUAUGAAUCCUUUUGCUGUCACAUACUUAUCUGUACUAUUAUUGUAUUUGAUAUUGCAAAUUACUGUAUGUCUAGUGAUGGCAAAAGGCUUUCAGGCUAAAAAAAAAGGAAUAAAAAAAAUAUAAAUCACAAUCAUCUCACUUAAACUUUGGGGAACCUGCAGUUUGCAGCCUCGGUGGAGCAAGCGCUUCUCCAGCCCCCACCAUUGCCUGCAGCCUCCCCGGCUCCUGCAGGAAAAUGACAGGGAAUUAUGGGAAGGCGUUUUUGGGAAAAUCCUGCCUGGAUUGCAAUUGUCGGGUGCACUGUGCUGAACUUUUCCCCUUACCCGUUUCUUUUGCAUAAUUUCAAGGCAAUGCAUGGAAAGGUUUUUUUUUUCCACAAGUUGGUUAUUUUGGUUUUUUUCCAGUUCCCAGAUUUAGCUAUCCCUCGCCUCCAGUCAUUUCCAAGUCAAAGAGAUGGAAUUAUUUUAAGAGAUCUAAAUUACCUUCUCAAUUAGACACACACACUUCCCAGUCAGCGUUUCCUAGCCAUGAUUGCACCAAGAGGGUGUAUGUGGGUAUGACAUCAUGGCUUGGGUUUUGGACCCUUCUGAUUUCUUUCUAUCCCUGCAUCAUAAAUAGGUAUGGAAUGAGCAAUAGUGAUGUUAAUUUAGGGGCAGACAGGUGAUAUGUAACAACGCUACUAAUUCAAUUAAUGUGCCUUCUUAAUGGAGAAAAAAUUAAAGCAAUUCUUUAUUUUUUCUCAUAAUUAAGGACUUUUUUCUGUGGGUACAAAUCUACUCAUGUAAAAUUGAAUUGAAAAUUGAGCUACUUUAAUAGCCAUUUUGUAGAAGGGAGAGAGGGAAGGGAUUCCACAGCUCUCUGCUCUCUUGCAGUGAUGAUUCCUCAGUGAGGUAUGAGUAAGGUAGGAGGAUUUCAGUUAGUGUUAAUUAUUAUUAUUAUUAUUAUUAUUUUUGCUAUUAUUAUUAACCCUUCACUGAACGGAUUUUUCCUACCCUCAAUAAUGUUUCCUAGAGUUUAAAAUCGAUUAUGGAAGGAAAAAUAUAUAGCUCUUGCCAAUGUUUGCUGUACCAGCAAGUUGAAAUUAGUGGUUUCUAGAGAAAGAGACUUUCUAGGUCUACAUAUCAUGAUAAAGUAUUUGUUACUUGAUUUAUUUAAAUGAAAAAUAGCAAGAAAACAAGUUCCAGUUGUUAUUAUCCUCAAAAUAAAAUUAAACUCCAGCCAUUUAUUUCUUCAGGGCAGAUUGAUCUUGCCUGAAGCCACAGCUGGUCUGAGACAGGUCCAGAGUCAGCCUGUUCCCCCUGCCACUUGCUAGAGCCAGGAAUUGGGAAAGAAUCAACAAGAAAACAGUUGUCUAAUGGAAUUUGUGAUGCUUCCCUCACUGGUGUGAUGACUACCUCAUUGAGCUCCCAUCCCAUGUGUUAACAUGAUGUCCUGCAUCCCUCCAGAAAGCAAACUGGGGGUUUCUCCCCUCUUCUGGAUUCUGAGCCCAUUCUUCAGGGAUAUGUUGUUUCUGUUCCCGCUGUGUUUCCUGCCUGUGUACUGUUACUGCUGUCAUUGAUUUCUGGUUUUUUUCCCCAAAUGUGUGUUUUAUUAUAACACAAGCAAGGAGGAGAGGGACUGGCUCGGGGCUGUUGCAGUAACUGGGUGUUCUGUGACUGUUAAGCUGAGUUUAUUCUGAUGUUUCCUGGUUUUGUCAGCUCUGGGAGGGUUUUUUGGGGUGGGGGCAGAACUUCUCCUGUGUGUUUGCUGAGAGACAGACCCUGCCUUGCCCUGUCUGUCAGGUGCUCUGGGCUUCACAGGGCUCCUGCAUGUGGCCCCAGCAUCACCCCACGCCCCUGCCAGGAGGAGACCCAGCUUCCCCAUGGCCCCUGGGGACCCCCAGGUGCCCCAGCACCAUCCCCAGCUCUGGAAAAGUGCUGGCUGCUAAUUCCUGCCAAGCAUUGCCCCCUGCCCGUGGAGCUGCCACCACCAGCCUUGUGUUUUGGAUGAAAAAUAGAUGCUAACUGAAAAGGAAGAGAGGGUAAAAAAAAAGAAAAAAUAGAAACAUUUCUCUAAUUUACCCAGAGGAAACGUUCCUUGCCACUCUGAA